AUGUUCAGCAUACUCAAAGGUUUUGAUGCUCAGACCACAUCAGGUUAUAUCAACCCCUACGCUGUGGACGUAAUCCGGGCCAAGAGAAGUGAUCUAAUUUAUGGGAUCUCACAUACCGAGGAUCUACUGGAUCUUCUCGUCACAGAAGGGGUCAUGACUGCAGCAAAGAGAUCUAUCGUGCUGACCAUCAGGACACGCAAAGAUCAAAACUCCAGGGUCCUGGACAUCCUGGAGGCAGGAGGUGAAAGAGCAUGUCGAAAAUUCUUCCAUCCCUGUCUUAUGCUGGCAGAACCUGACCUCUACCAGCAAAUCAAGACCUAUGUGGGUGGUGUGAAUGAACGUAUUCGAGACACGAGGAGACAGCUGAUUGGAUAUUUGCUGGAGAGGGACCCAGAGGGGAUAGUUGCUGUUCAGAAGACAUCAAUCGCCACCAAAGGAGCUAAGAAAUCUUGCCGAGUAAAAGAAAAAAGAAGCACUAUGCCACUUUUAAAAUCAGAGCAGCACAAACCAGCACAAAGUCAACCAGAAAAUCUCAUCCACAUGACUGCUACAGACGGAGAGAUAACACUGCUGAAGGAGCUGUUAGAAGACGCUGAUAUUAAUACAGUCAAUUCCUCUAAUGAGACUCUAUUGCACGUAGCUGCUGAGAAUGGUCACCUGUCAAUCAUUGAGCUCUUGAUCCUUAAAGGAGCCAGACUGGACCUGCAGGACAAUAACGGUCACACAGCUCUCCACCGAGCAGCCAGAGGAGGUCACACUGAGAUAGUCAGGGCCCUAAUACAAGCUGGAGCCCCCAUUUACACUCUGAAUCCACAAGGCAAAACCCCUAUUCACCUGGCUGCAGAAAAUGAACACCUGGAUUCUGUGAAAGCCCUGGUGAAGGAGGAGGCCAAGCAGUCCGAGAGCCACACGCAGGACAUGUUUCUCCACACAGCAGCCGUGGAGGAUAACUGGAGCCUGGCAGAGCUGCUGCUGCAAAACGGGGCUGCUGUUAAUGCCAGAAAUGCUGACAAAAAAACUGCUCUGUUUUAUGCAGUUUCCCAGAACAAUCAGAAAACCACGUCUGUCCUUCUAAAUGCUGGGGCUGAAGUUGAUUAUGAUGUUAUAAAUGAAGCCAUCAAGCUCAAUGAAGAAUCAACUCUUCGUCUGCUGCUUGAUAAUCCUGAAGGAGCUCUGAGUGAAGACACGCUGGGAUCUGCUCUCUUCUCAGCUGUUAAACAGAACCAUGAUGGAGCCGUAACUGCUCUCAUAGACAGCGGAGCAAAUGUGAACAUGUUGGACAAACAAGGUUACGCUCCUCUCCUGUUGUCAGCUGAGCUGGGGCACGCUGAGGUCUUCAGAGUUCUUGUAGCAAAAAAGGCCAAACUGGAUCCUACAUUGUCAGAUCUCUCCUCAGCGUUGCACCUGGCUGUCCACGGUGGCAGUGUGCCCAUAGUGCAGACGUUACUGGACAAGGGAUUAGACCCCAACAUUACUGGACCUAAGGCCCAAACCCCUCUACACCUGGUAGCUCAGUGCAAUAGGCCAGAACUGGUUGAUCUGUUUUUAAGAGCUGGAGCACAGGUAAAUGCUGUUGCCCAGGAUGGGCUGACCCCUCUGCAUGUAGCCAGUCAGCAGGGCCAUGCAGACGCAGUGACCCAGCUCCUUCAAGGUAAGGCAGACCCAGGAGUGAAAGACAAGCUGGGGAGGACAGCUUUGCACUGGGCAGCCUUUUCUAAGGAAGAAAACUGUGUGGUAGACUUGUUGCUGUCUUCCAAAGCCAACACAAACACCACUGAUAAUGAGAAGAAAACGGCUCUCCACCUGGCUGCCAUGGAGGGGAAUGUCCAUGCUGUGGCCUCACUGUUGUCCCAAAAAGCAAAGGGAGGGGCUAAAGACAUGGACGGCUCCACGCCUCUUCAUUACGCAGCAGCUGGCGGGCAUGCCAGCGUGGUUUCAACUCUCCUACAGUCACUCAGUAACAAGGGCAUAGAUGAGAGGAAUGUUUGGAGGAAAACGCCGCUUCAUGCUGCAGCUGAGAGGGGCCAUGACAUUGUAGUGAGACUGCUCCUGGAGGCCGGGGCAAAGAUCAACAGCUCAGAUCAGAGUAAAGACACUCCUCUGCACUGUGCUGCACGAGGUGGACACCAGGAGGCAGUGAAAAGGCUUGUUAACUGGGGCCAAGGUGGGCUCAUGGGACGCCAGAAGAGGGUUGACCUACAGGCGACUAAUAAUGUGGGGAAGACGCCUCUGCAGGUGGCAGAGAGUGGAGGCACACCAGAGCACGAGAGCAUUGCAGCUUUACUGAAGAAAAAGAUGUUUCUCAUCAAAUAA